AUGGAGCAUCUUUUUUCUUUGGUCGACGAUGAUUUCGAGCCCGUCAACCCCCAGCAGCUCACAAGCACUGGUCAUCGUCGCAAAAUGUACGGACCAAACGCAUCGCGAUGCGCAAGCAUUCAACAGCACACCGUCUACAAGCGAGUCGAGGAGCUUUGCCUGCCGCCGUUCUACACGCGCAAGUUCGACUACGAGGAGAUCGGCACCAUCAGACCGGAGCGCCACGAGUUCCAGAAAAUCGAGCGCCUGCCAUGCAACGAGAUCUGGGUAAACACCAUCCUCCAAGUGUCCAAGGCAAUUCUUCGGCAUCCUUCGGCCAAACAACCACUCGGCGCUACACAAGCUCAGAACUCGCCAUCGUACGAUCUGCCAUUUUACAGCGGUUACGAUACCCACGAGACUGGCGAGUUGCUUGACGAAGCCAUGGAGAGGAUCAUCGAGCACAACCCAGACAGCUUUUUCGCCGACGACAUGGCUGAAGCCAAACUUACCCUGCGAGGCGUGUCGGCUCUACUUUACCAGGACGCGAUGAUCAACGACAUCUGCAAGACGCAGCUCCCCGAGUACACGGCCGACCCACCGCCGCCAUCAUCGAACGCCGACUCCUGCGCGACUUCAAGACUUGACGAGAUCGCCGAACGGAUGGAGGAGUCGCCGCUUCUCAACGCGCGUCACGAAAUCCUGCCCAAGAUCAUCGAGAUUACCAUCGCUCACAUCCUGCUCCUCGACUACGAGAUCGACGCGAUCAUCCGGAUUCCCCCCAAUACGGGCAUCAUCCCUCAAGACAUGGUUGACUUCCGCAGCCUCCUGGACGACGCCAUCGCCUUCGCCAGGACCUUUCCCCACGCAAACAUCGAGGCCCGGCAUCUAUCCUGCGCAUUCGCCACGUUCGCCCUGGAGAUCAACAAGCUCUGCGCCAGGACCUGGCUCCAAGCCACCGUCAUCGUCGAGGACGUCCUGCACAUGUUCUUUUCGCUGCGGACGGCAGUCUACCACGGCCGAUACCGACCCAUCGUCAGGGACAUGGUCGUGGCGGCCACCGCGAGCGGCGCCGGCGAGGACGAAGAGGCGGACCCGGGCGUCACCAACCCCGAGAGGGCCAUGAGGGCGACCGUCGCGCUCCAGCGCAAGCUCUCGGUCGAUUUCAACGUCAUGGUGCAUUUCGUCGUCGACGAUGACAUAAUCCGACGUAUGAUGUUGAACGUCAUCGAGGGAGUGGCCAACAUGAUGAAGCUCCCCACCAACGCAAGCGACAUCAAGCCGGGACCGAGGAAGCUGCUCGAGACGGGGCCCGAGGAUAACGACGACGACUUGCGCAAGGCAGACCUGGACAGGGUUUCUAUCAAGCCUGCGGAACUUUUGUCACUCUGGGAGCUCUGGUAG